AUGUUGCAUUUCUUCUUCGCAGUGGCGUUCUCGGCCGUGUCGUUGACGCUCUACAUCCCGUUGACCCACUCCCUCAACUUGUUCGUAGAGACGGUCGAGGAUGUCCAAGCCCAACACGUGGUAAUACCAUCUGACAUGAUUAAAUUGUUAUAUUAA